CAGUCGUACGGUCCUGUACUGAGCGCAGUCUGCUCUCGGUCUCUACGGACGCUUCUCUGUCUGGAUAUCAUCGCUGCUUUCUUUCCCCUCUCUGGAUUAUAUUCUUCGGAUGGUUUUCAACUCCAACUCGAUGCAUAGAAAUGGGUAAACUGCACUCGAAACAUGCCGCUAUUUGUAAACCGAGGGAGAGUCCAGAAGGCGACAGUUUUGUAGUCAAUGCCUGUUUAGCGAGGAAGGGAAUCGACGACUGGCUCGUGAAGCAGAAAUACUACUGCACGAGCUCACGCCUCGAGCAACAGGACUGUCAUCACAAGAAUAACUGCGGUUUGACUACACGGGACUCCAUGCAUGAAGCCUGUGCAGAGAGGAUUGGUGAUGAACACUACCGUUUAGAAGUGGCUUUACCCCCAGAGAAGACAGACAGCUGCUGUGUGGAGGAGAAGAUGCAGGAGAGGGACAGCCAAUCUCCCGCAGGGCCACAGAAACAGCUCCAGUUUGAAGAGCUGGAGUGUGCUGUGUCUGUGGAGGAGGAUAACCGGCAGGAGUGGACCUUCACCCUCUACGACUUUGACAACAACGGCAAAGUCACCAGAGAGGACAUCACCAGCCUGCUCCACACCAUCUAUGAAGUCGUGGACGCCUCUGUCAACCACUCUCCCAGCAGCAGCAAGACAUUGCGGGUCAAGCUCUCAGUGGCUCCCGACUCCAGCCAGAGGUGGAGGAGUUGCACGCAGGGUGCGGCAGACAUGUCCCACCCCAGAGAGAAAAAUGACAAGUGCAUAGAAGACCCCAAGAGUGCAGACAAGAAGACUCGCGCACUGCUAAGGCGCCACCACAGUGACCACCACACCCAGCCGGGCUGCCAGCGCCACUGUGUGGAUGAGAACCUGGAACGCAGGAACCACUACUUGGACCUGGCAGGCAUCGAAAACUACACAUCCCGCUUCGGAGCCGCCCCCACCACAGAGCCGACCAAGGCAGAGCCUCAGGCCCGCUCAUCCAACCAGACUCGUUCUCGCUCCCAUGAACCAGAAAAUGGCCACUCCCAUUCCCACCACCGCCGUUUGCAGACUGUUGUGGACACUCCAGACAGCCUCCACCCUGCCCGUACGCGAGGAGCCCAAGAUUCAGGGAAACACGCCCUCCGCUCUCCGAAGACCCACAGCCGCACGCCUCCUGCGCAGAUCAGUAGCAGGGUGAUGAGAAGCCGAGGUGUCCCUCCUCCCCCAGCACUACCCAGCCAGACCCCCCCUCACCAGUCUGCGGCACCUUACCGCAAGCACAAGCAGCGGUCCAAGGACAGCCAGGGCUACAGGGCCUUAGGCUCUCUGGCUCCGGGACCAGUGGUGGAGAAGGAGCAGGUUAGGGACCUGCCCAGCGUGCUGCUGUACGAGGGGGGGCUGGCGCAAGUGGUGCAGCGGCACGAGCACCACCACCACCAUGAACACCAUCACCACUACCACCACUUUUACCAGUCCUGAAUCUCCAGCCUGCCUGGGACAGCUCAGCACUCCUGCAGCACCACAAAACCCUCCCUCCUCCAACACCAGGCCGACCCUACAUCGUGCAGCUCUGCAGUGCCUUUGUAGUGGACACAGGACAUGGGUUGGUGAGGAGGAUCAUGGGAGGGGUUUCCCAGUGCUGAGAGGUUAUUAAUCAGUGUUAUAAAGAGGUUGGUCAGAUAUACAAAAGCUCGGGUAUGCAGCAGGACAGUGAUUCAGGGCCGCGGUAGGACCAGGGCUGGGGCUGGAGAGGAGGCACAGGGGGACAAUUUGAUAAACAACCCCGGAGUUCCUGUCGCCGUCGACCCUGUAAUCCUCUACCUGAUGAACUCUACGGCUCCAAACCAGCACCACAACCCUUCCAGACCACUAAGCCAAAAGGUUUUCACGGAAAAGGAGGGACAAGAGGAAGAAAGACUGUGAUGUAAAGAUGAAAAUAUAUGAAGGAAUAUAGCUGAUAGGAAAGCAGGGC